GUUAACUUCCAACUCGCACUCGGAACAGUGUCGUCUAUCGUCUAUGUAUUCGAUGUAUUCGCGUAACAGAUAAUAGCGUCCUGUUUCGAGUUCGAAUAGCAUCAAGGGCAACUGCACGGUUUGCAGGAAACCAUAUAAUACCCCCCUUUUUUUCCCAUGCAAACAUUGUCUUGUUCUCUUGCCUCUGCAUUGAUUAAUAGAUAAAUUAUAAUUCCAGUCAAUUUAAAAAAAUAGACAAAAGCAUUAAUUAUGGAUGGCAGUAAAAAAACAGUGAGAAAACCAAACCCCAGGGAAAAUGCCUUUUGUUUAUCUGCAGUCACCUUUUGCUACACAAUUCCCACAUUUAUCCAAGGGUUUAAACGGGACCUAGAAGAAACAGAUUUGACUGAAACCUUAACAGAACACAAAAGUGCCCGCCUUGGAAAUCUUAUAGAAGCGAAAUGGCGAGAAGAGGAAAGUAGAGCGAUCAAGAAGAAAACUAAACCGUCCCUUAAUAAAGUGCUAUGGAGAGUAUUUGGUUGGGAGUUCAUGUUUUAUGGCUUAGUACUUUUCAUUUCAGAAGCAAUUAGAAUGAACCAACCGUUCUUUUUGAGAAAUAUGAUAUGUUAUUUUCUUCCUAAAAAACGUGAGAAUCAGGAUGCCCCUUUUAGUUCGAGCAGUAACCAUUCAAAUGCAGCAAUAGCUCAACCAAUAUUCCUAGGACAACUUUUACAAUUUUACAUGCCAAACGAGAGUGAAAUAGGGCCAGAAGAGGCCCUCUGGUAUGCCGGAGGGGUGGUACUCUGUUCGUUUGGAAACAUUGUCAUCAGUCACCCUUACAUGAUGGGGGUGAUCCAUUUAGGGAUGAAACUGAGAGUGGCAUGCUGUUCUUUAAUUUAUAGGAAAUCACUUAGGUUAAGUAAAACUGCUUUAGGGCAAACAACUGUGGGGCAAGUGGUUAAUUUGCUUUCGAACGAUGUGAAUCGUUUUGAUGUUGCUGUUCUUUUUGCUCAUCACUUAUGGUUAGGGCCAGUUCAAACCAUUAUUUGUACAUAUUUCAUGUACUUGCAAGUCGGUUUAUCAGCUGUCAUAGGAGUUAUCUUGCUAAUCGUUUUUAUUCCUGUGCAAGUUUAUUUGGGAAAGAAAAUCUCAAUAUUACGGUUGAAAACUGCUCUUCGCACAGACGAGAGGGUACGAUUGAUGAAUGAAAUCAUUUCUGGAAUUCAAGUGAUUAAAAUGUACGCUUGGGAGAAACCGUUUGCUAAACUCGUGGAAGUUGUGCGAAGGUUUGAAAUCAAAGCCAUUAGAAAAUCUUCAUACAUGCGAGGAAUUCAGAUCUCAUUCAUCAUGUAUAGCACCAGAAUCUCAAUAUUUGCCAGUAUUUUAGCCUACGUGCUUCUAGGCUAUAAGAUAACAGCGGAGAAAGUAUUUGUACUAACGUCUUUUUACAAUAUUUUAAGACAGACUAUGACAGUAUUUUUUCCUCAGGGAAUUGCUCAGGUUGCAGAAGCAAUGGUUUCAAUAAAUAGAUUAAAUAAGUUUAUGAACUUCGAAGAAAAAGACGAAUUAAUCAAAGACACAGAAGAAAAAAAAGAGGUUGUACCAGACGAAAAUGUUAAGCCCCCAGGCAUCUACAUCAGAAACGCCAGCGCCAAAUGGUCAGAAGCCUCUUGUGACAACACAUUAACCAACAUAAACUUAGAAGUAACUCCCGGUAAUUUAGUGACUGUUAUUGGCCCAGUUGGAAGUGGAAAGUCAUCGCUGCUACAUUUAAUUUUAAGAGAACUGCCCCUCAUUGGGGGUAGCUUAGAAGUUAAUGGGGAAGUCAGCUAUGCCUCCCAAGAACCUUGGCUCUUUGCUGGUUCAGUGCGUCAAAACAUUUUAUUCGGCUUACCAAUGGAUAAAAAAAGGUAUCACACAGUGGUUCGAAGGUGUGCAUUAGAAAAAGACUUUCAGCUCUUACCUUAUGGAGACAAAACGAUAGUCGGCGAUAGAGGAGUGUCGCUUUCUGGUGGUCAAAGAGCAAGAAUUAAUUUGGCAAGAGCUGUGUACAAACAAGCUGAUAUAUAUCUACUAGAUGACCCCUUGAGUGCUGUGGAUGCCCAUGUGGGUAAACAACUUUUCGAGCAAUGUAUAACUGGAUUUUUACGGGAUAAAGUGGUUGUCUUAGUGACACAUCAGCUGCAAUACCUGAAAGAAGUGGAUCAUAUUUUAUACUUAGAUGAUGGUGUCGCAAAAAUAGAAGGUUCUUAUGACGAUCUUUUAAACAGUGGGUUAGACUUCACAAAUUUAAUGCAACAGAAGGAGCAAAAUCCCGAGGAAGAAGAACUAACAGCGCGAAGGAAGUCUUCAGUGACAAGAGAAAGGGCCAAUUCGGUUAAAAGUAUUGCUUCUAUAGAAGUCGACGUUCCACAUGAGGUUGAAGAGCAGAAAGGUACUGGUUCAGUUGGUGCAAAAGUGUACGGAGCUUACUUCAAAGCUGGUGGUAACGCUUGCGUUAUUUUCAUGACAUUUUUCUUGUUUAUCAUGGCGCAGUUCCUUGGAAGUUUGGUUGAUUAUUUUAUAACAUUUUGGGUUAACAUUGAACAAGAAAACUUUCAAAACUCGAAUGAAACUACUGAUGGACCGUACAAUCUCUCUUAUGUCACAGAAUCCAGUAAUAAAACUGAAGAGGUUGGGUUUAGCUGGUUCGACUUCUGGCACUUUUCUCGGGAAACGUGCAUGUAUAUUUACUCCGUUUUGAUUGCGUUGCUAAUAAUCUUCACCAUGGUCAGAUCCUUUGUGUUCUUCGCCGUUUGCAUGAGGGCCUCCACCAACUUGCAUAACACAAUGUUUAGGAGCAUUACUAGGGCAACAAUGAGGUUUUUUAAUACUAACAGUGCUGGAAGAAUUCUGAAUAGAUUUUCAAAAGAUAUGGGACAAAUUGAUGAAAUGUUGACGUCCUCCCUGAUUGAUGUACUGCAAAUCGGUCUUACUCUCCUAGGAAUAAUAGUGGUGGUUGCAAUUGUCAGUACAUGGCUCUUGUUGCCGACAUGCGUGGUUGCAAUCAUUUUUUAUUUUAUGCGAAUCUUUUAUUUAAAAACAAGUAGAAGUGUUAAAAGACUGGAAGGAACUACAAGGAGUCCCGUUUUCUCCCAUUUGAAUGCUACCCUGCAAGGUCUCACAACAAUAAGGGCCUUUAGGGCUGAAAAUAUAUUAUCUCAAGAAUUUGAUAACCAUCAGGAUUUACAUAGUUCCGCUUGGUUUGAGUUCAUAGCGACAUCCAGAGCGUUUGGUUAUUGGCUCGACUUAGUUUGCAUUAUAUAUAUUGCACUUGUCACAUUCAGUUUUCUCUUGCUCGGAAAUGAAAGUUUCGGAGGAAAUGUUGGUUUAGCCAUAACACAAGCGAUUGGUUUAACUGGAAUGUUCCAAUGGGGAAUGCGUCAAAGUACCGAGCUAGAGAAUCAAAUGACUUCGGUGGAGCGGGUGUUGGAGUAUACACAAAUCGAACACGAGGGAAAUCUGGAGUCAAAACCGGAUAAAAAGCCACCCAAAUACUGGCCUAAUUUGGGGAAAAUUGAAUUUAAGCAUGUAUAUUUACGUUACUUCCCAGCUGAUCCACCUGUCUUAAAAGACCUUACCUUCAUCAUCAAACCCAAGGAGAAAGUUGGAAUUGUCGGUCGAACUGGUGCAGGAAAAUCAUCAAUUAUCAACGCCCUUUUCCAACUAACCGAAACAUCCGGAGCAAUCCUUGUGGACGAAUUGAAUAUUACUCAGAUAGGACUACAUGACUUGCGAACAAAAAUAUCCAUAAUACCACAAGAACCAGUUCUAUUCUCAGGAACAAUGAGGAAAAAUCUCGAUCCCUUUGAUGAGUAUAGCGAUUCAGAACUUUGGAGGGCUUUGGAAGACGUCGAAUUAAAAGAAGCAGUUGAAGACUUGACAGCUGGAUUAAACUCAAUUAUGUCAGAAGGUGGAUCAAACUUUAGCGUUGGCCAAAGACAGUUGGUAUGUUUGGCGCGAGCAAUUUUGCGAAAUAAUAAAAUCUUAGUAAUGGAUGAAGCUACUGCAAAUGUAGAUCCGCAGACUGAUGCUCUUAUCCAAAAAACCAUUAGAAGAAAGUUUGCGAAUUGUACUGUACUAACUAUAGCUCACAGAUUAAACACAGUCAUGGAUUCUGAUCGAGUGUUAGUGAUGGAUGCUGGUCAAGUAAAAGAGUUUAAUCAUCCAUACGUUCUGUUAGAAGAUAAAACGGGUAUCUUGCAUAACAUGGCGUUGCAAGCCGGUAAAACUACUUUUGAGACUUUAUUGGAUGCUGCUAGACAAAACUUCCAAAAGAACCAGGAUCAAGAGGAAUCUACUUCAUAAUUAUAUAAAAACAAAUAAAUUUUAUUUUUAUAUUUUAAUAAUGUGCAACAUAUAAGGGGUACAAUAAAAUCUAUUUUAUA